UGUCGCUUUACAUCAGUUUUUGUGAGUAACAGUCAGUCACAGAGGUGUUCCCUGCUGAACUCUGACAAAUCUGGGUCUCCAAAGAAACAUGAGUCAAAUCCUUUGUCAUCAGUGGAAACAGAGAACCUGUUGAACCUGCUGGAUAGGGCAGCGCACACACACCGCACACACACACACACACACACACACACCUACACAGACACACACUCUACCUGGCGCAGCAACGUCACCACUUCCCACAGUGGGAUGUGAGGAAUGAGGAAGACGCGUCUAAAGCGAGAGAGCAGGAGUCGUUCACUAGAGAACAGACAGGAGGUGAAGAGAGUUCCUGUCCUCGGAUCAGAUCAUUAAAGUGCAGUGAUGGCGCUCGGCUGUGCGGAAAGGUGCGCUCUGUUUGCGCAGCGGCACCAGUCAGCCUUGAAUUUUGCGCUCCUGGUCGUCGGUUACAUCCUCUACCUCCUGAUCGGAGCCGGGAUCUUCUCCGCCAUCGAGCUGCCCUACGAGCAGGAGCUGCGGCUGGAGCUGGAGGCGGUCCGGCGGGACUUCCUGUCCAACAACACCUGUGUGUCCGACGCGCGCCUGGAGGAGCUGCUGGUCCGGGUUCUGGAGGCCAGCAACUACGGAGUGUCCGUGCUGGGAAACGACACCAAACACAACUGGGACUUCGUGUCGUCCUUGUUCUUCACCAGCACCGUGCUGACCACGACAGGUUAUGGCCACACCGUUCCCCUCUCGGAUGAAGGGAAGGCCUUCUGCAUCUUCUACUCCCUCUGUGGCAUCCCCGUCACCCUCUUCUUCCUCUCCGUCGUGGUGCAGAGGAUCAUGGUCCUGGUGAGCCGCCGUCCGGUGGCCUACUUCCACCGUCGAUGGGCCGUGUCUAAAUCGAAGCUGGCUGCCGUACACGCCGCCUGCCUCGGCGUCCUCAUGGCCCUGCUGCUCCUCAUCAUCCCCGCGUGGAUCUUCACCAGCCUGGAGAAGGACUGGGACUUCCUGGAGUCUUUGUAUUUCUGUUUCAUCUCUCUUACAACCAUCGGCCUCGGGGAUUAUGUCCCCGGCGAGACACACAGUAGAGAGGACAUCCAACACCCUCAGCUGUACAGGCUGGCCAUUACAAUCUACUUGCUGCUGGGCCUGGUGUGCGUCCUGGUGGUGCUGGAGACGUGCUGCGAGCUCCCCCAGAUGAAGCGCCUCAGGCAGAGGUUUUACCGAGAAAACGUUCGGGAGCUGGACUCUGAGACCACCAACAUCAUCGAUCGGGACCACUUGAGCGACCAGCUGACUGACCCGUCGGACCAGAUGCAUCAUCAUCAUCCGCCAGUCAUCCCCUCUGUGUCACAACAGGCUGCAUCUCUCCGGCAGGACAAAUCGACGCCUUACACCCCAGUAUCAGGACCUGCUGCUAACGGAAACCUGAGAUGACAGAUUGCCUGGAAAACAUUGUUUUUAAGAGACUGUUUAAUGAACUGAGCGGGAGCACUCUUAGUACACCAUAUCCAUAUGUAAACACUUAAUCACUUAAAAAAAGGGAUUGCUUUCUGCUGCUGCCAACACCAACAGACAUUUUGUGGCGUGAAAGCAGGAACCACCCACAGACUAUCAGGAUGGCGUUGUUUUCUCGAUCUCUCCUGUUGCUCAAUUCGCCGCAGAUAAGAGCCUGAUCCGUGACGCAGAGGAAGGGCCGGGCCCCCCGAAACGGAGGGAAACCCCCGCCAGGUUCCUGCUUCCUGCCAAAGUCUUGGAGCUGUAAUUCCAAAGUGGCACAGUUUUGCUCCAGAGGAUUUCACACCGGCUCACGGCACAUUUUAUGAUCUGGGGAGGUAUUUGCAUAGGAAAUUUGCCUUCUUGGAAGCAGCGCGAAGACAAUCGGGCAUACCAUCAGAUGGCUUAAUGUGCGUUACGUGCAAGAAGAGGAUCAGAUUAUUUCAAAAAAUAAACUUUCUUCCUGGUGAUUGUUGGCCUUCAGGUGUUGAUAGCAUCUUGAAAUAUACUAAGUAACUUUAUUAUGUCUAUUAAAGGUGCACUAUGUAGUUUGUAUGUAGUUGAAAAAAAAUAAUAACAAACUGACCUUUAAGGACAAGGAGAUGCUGUUUUACUUUGUCUAUAUGUGGCGGACCCUGCCACCUUUCUAGCUUCAAACAUGUUCUGGGGACCUUAUUUUCCUUUGAGAAGAGCUUGUUUAUUCAGUUAUGAGAGAAAUAAAUAAGUCCAAUUUUUAUUAUCUCUGCCUUAAUAUUGUAAAUAUGUAAAUUCUGAGUUUAAAUUUAUUUCCCAAAACUACAUAGUGCCACUUUUAGUACACCUCCAGUACUAUAAACUGCUCAGUUUAGUUAGUUUGUGAUCACCUGCCUGAAGGUGAUAUAGACGUUAUGCUGCUAGGGGCCUCAAUCAAACAAAACUAAUGGUCACGGGAGUCUUCACUGGUAAACUGCCACCACUGCUGAUUAAAAUCUAUCUACGUGACUCAGGCAGAGAUGUUCACGGAUCAGACUGUGUUUGAAAGUUGUGUCUCAUGACUCUCAUGUCAUGCUCUGUCACGUCAGCUGGCUUCCUUCCUCACUAUGUGACUUCCUUGAAGGUGAAAGUUGUUGUUUAAACAUUUUGGAUAAUGUAGGUACAAAACGCAACAGCAUACGUAACAAAAAUCUAGGCCAGACAUAUUCAGUUCCUUUAAGAACCUUUCCGACCCUUUAAGCAUUUUGUUUGUUGGAUUAUUGAUCAGUUUUUUUAAAAAAGGUGCAACCCAAGCUGUUUGUAACACUGCACUGUUUUUUCCCCUGCACUUCUGUAUUUACGAAGUUUAUUUUCCAAUUUUGCAAACUUAUUUUAAAAAGUAGAGUAAAAAUAUGCAUUGUUCUAACGCACUUAAAUUCUAGCCCACCAUAGGUAAAUGUAAAAACCUGGCCUGGUUAAAAUACAUAAGUCAUUUAAUGCAGAAAUGGUACAUCUUUGGUUGGUAAACUUGUCCCCACAGUGUUGCAUGACAGGGGAGAAACCAUUUUCCCCUUAAAAACCUCUUGAUUUUGUUUUCCAGUCCAGAAAAGCACCAGAAAAGCCACUAGUGUAAACCGUCAACUCACGUUCUGUUUCUAUUCUAAAGCCUUCAGAAUAGCUUUGCUUGACUCUUAUCUGUUAAUACCACCUUAUUAAGGUACACUUGAUACUGAAACACAAAGCUGUUCCCAUUCAAACCUGCACUGAUACUGAUCCUAAGCUCCUAAUUUCUUUUACUUCUGUCCCUCAGAGGUAUGUUCUGUCUGGUGGAACCAUCAGACCACCAAAACAACAAAAACAUCUGUUUCUAAAGAGGAAUUUUUACAUCCUAGAAGUACGAAAGGCCAUUAAGAAAUAUAGAGCAGAGUCACUCUUAUGAAUGGUCGUGUAGUUAAAACGUAUACAAUCUAAUGCUGCUGUACACCAAUAAAUCCCUUAUUCAUGGAGGUUUAAAUGUUGAGUUCCUGUUAACAUUUUCUUGUGUGGUUAAUUUAGCCUCAUUGAUAUAAAUUGGGUGGAGGACAUGCUAAAAUAAUCCCGCUUGUCAGUUUAAUGCAAUAGAAUUAAACCACAACCACAAACUGCAGCAUGUUUAAUGACCACACGGUUGAAUGCAUGUGUUUCAUUGGAGUGACUGUGCUGCAGUGUGCGACAUCCAACCACUAGAGGGCAGCACUGUCCUUGCACAUACAAAAAAAGGAAGAUUAACAUGUAGAUGGGCAUUUAUAUUUCAUGCUGCCUCAGGGAAUAUUUCUUAAAAAUGUAAUUAAGCUGCAAGAAUAUGUCAUUGUGACACUUAAAGUUAUGUUUUGUAUAUUCUGUCAAUGCUGUCCUAGUUUACAAGGAUGUUCAACUAGAUGUGCAGUACGUUUUUUUUUUUUUUUUUUUACAUACAUUUGCUUCUUCAUAGUCUCCAAAGUCUUCCAUAGAUAUUUUUUUUGCUGCUGGUCUCAGUUGUUGUUUUGCGACAUCAGAGCUUUGUGAUUGUAGUUUUUUUUUUUUUAAUAAAUGUGA